AUGAUAAAUGCAUAUAUCAAUUUUGGUCCUAGCUACACAUUACCAAGUUAUUCAUCUGUUCGCACUAAAUUGGUACAAGAACUUAAGACAGAUGUCGAUGCAUAUGUAGCUUCAAUAAAAGAGUCAUGGGUUCAAUCAGUAUGUACUUUGACGUCAGAUCUUUGGUCGGAUAUGAAAAAUCGGUCAUUCUUUAAUGUUGUUGCAUCUUGUCUAAAGGGAUCAAUUUUUUUUAAUGCAUUUGAGGAAUCUGAGCAUAGCAUAACUGGAUUAUUUCUUGAAAAGAUUAUUGUUCAAGUCACUGAGGAGUUAAGACCACAAAAUAUUGUUUGUCCUGUGACUAACAAUGGAUUAGAUUAUGUACUUGUUGGUGAUCUAAUAGAAUCGAGAUUCUCUCAUAUUCAUAAAACACGGUGUACUAUCCAUGGGUUGAAUUUGCUUUUAGAAAACAUUGAUAAAAAGGUUAUUUGGGUACAAAAUGUCACUAAGGAUGCUAAGCUAAUAGUGGAUUUUAUGUAUCAGCAUACCAUUGUUUUAGAUUUAAUGAGAAAACACACUAAUAGAAAGGAAUUGAAAAAGUAUGGUAAAACUAGAUUUGCCACUAACUUUUUGAUGGUUCAAUCUGUAUUGCAUGUAGAAGAGGUUUUGAGAGUGAUGGUUGCAUCAUCUGAGUGGAGAGCUAUGAAUUAUAGCAAUAGUAAAAAUGGUACAAAAAUCACAGAUAUAAUUCAAAGCUCCAAAUUUUGGAAUGAUCCGACAGAUGCAAUGACUACAUUAGCGCCUCUUAUCAAGGUGCUUCGUUUGGGUGAUAGUGAGGGGUCAACCAUAGGAUAUUUAUAUGAAGCAAUGGAAAGGCCAAAGGGAGCACUAAAAAUAAAUUAUAAUGGCAAUGAAUCUAGGUAUCUUAAAUUGGUGAAGAUAUUCGAAAAGAGGCGAAAGGAAAAUAUAAUUCACCCCAUUCAUGCCGCUGUCUCAUUUCUUAAUCCAACUUUAAUGUAUAGUGGAUAUGUUAAACUUGAUAAUCCUAAAUAUGGGGGUUGGGAUUCUUUGCCUACAAUGCGCAAACAGGCAGGCAACAAGCCAUGGAUCAAUUUCUUCUUCAUCUUCACCUUCUUGAACAUGACCUUGCUUGAUUUCCUCCUGAUUUUGAACUCUGGCAAGCCUGAUGCCUUUGAGAGGUGGAAAUCCCUCAGAGCUGCCACCAUCGGGUCCAUAAUCGUGCUCACCGCUGCGUUUUUGGUGCAUUUGUGGAUUAGUGUUCCUCCUGCCCUGGUGUGGGUGGUUUGGUUUGCCUGUGGGAUAACUUCGUUGAGUGGUGUGGGCAUGGCUUUCAUGUGUAAGAGCCUCCAGGAGAGUACUUUGGAAAAGAAGAAGCCCAAACAAGUGGAGGGUGCUUCAAAGAUGUGA